GAAGUGAAUAAUUUUACUUUCGAAAAAUACCUGCAAAGUUUCUGGUAUGCAACUCCAAAUACAAAGGGGAUGGGGUAGUGGUCUAGCGGUGCGCACUUGUUUUUCAUGUGAUCGUCUCUUCUUAUCAGUUUUCAGUUAUCAUAAUUAUGAUUUUUCAUUCUGUAUUCUUAUUCUGUUACUGUAACAUGGUGCCUUAUAGAAGUUUUGAAUUGAAUUUAAGUUGACCAUGAGCCAUCACGUAGAUGAUGUAGAGAUUCUUGACAGUAUAGUUGAGAUUGAACUGAUGGAAGAAGAGAAAUCUGAAAAUCAAUGUUCACAGUUGACCACGAGCAAUCACAUGGAAAAUGUAGAGAUUGUUGACAGUAUAGUUGAGAUUGAACUGACAGAUGAAGAGAAAUCUGAAAAUCAAUGUUCACAGGAAAAUGUAGAGAUUCUUGAUAACAUAGUUGAGAUUGAGAUGGAAGAAGAGAAAUCUGAAAAUCAAUGUUCACAGGAAAAUGUUGAGAUUCUUGACAACAUAAUUGAGAUUGAGAUAGAUGAAGAGAAAUCUGAAAAUCAAUGUUCACAGUUGACUAUGAGCAAUCACGUGGAAAAUGUAGAGAUUCUUGGCAGUAUAGUCGAGAUUAAGAUGGUAGAAGAGAAACCUGAAUAUACCGACGAAGAAAAAUCAGAAGAGGAGGAAAGAUCUAAAGAUAGCGAUGACGAUAGUGACGAAGAAGAUAAAGACACGGAAGAACAAGAAGAGGACGAAGAAGAGGAAGAAGACUAUUAUUAUAGAAAAAGACGUUGGGAUUACUAUGACGAUCACGUAUGCAAAGAGUGCAAAAAGUGCAAAAAUGAUAACUCUUAUGGGUUUCUUACGAUAAAUCCGGUAAUUCUUACCAACGUUCCCAAAUUAAUGGAUAUGGCUUCUGUUACGGUCGCGGCUACUCUAUGGAAUCACGUCAACAUACCCAGAGCUUUAUCCAAAGUAACUGACAGAUGUGCAAAAAGUACUGAGAAAUGGAAUACCUUGUGCCGAAACGUAAUCGCAUUAAGCGACCAAUUACCUGUUCCGAGACCUAUCGCUGAACAUAUCGCUGGAUACGUACGUAUAAUGACAGACCAAAUACCCGCUUGGGUAUCAUAUCACUACAGAACGAUGUUUUUGAAAUACACUCUCGAUAAAUUCGUCUACAGCCUGGUUUAUCACAUUGCUUGGUAUCCUACUGGUGCGAUCAACUGCGUUCAAACAGCUAGAAAUAUGAUGACGUCGUUAAGAUUGAGCGAUGUUGAAAAAUUCAUAUUUUUGUCCGUGUAUUGUCUGAAAGAUGAAAUGGAUCGGAUGUCGUCGUCGUUGUAUUCAGACAAUAUUCGUGAUUAUCCGAGCUUCCAAGAAUGUCCGAUGAUUUUUUAUUGGUAUUGUUUUUAUAGAAACAAAUUGUUCAAGAUAAGCCAGACUAAUGGUUACGAUCCGAAUCUAUCGAUCGAUGUUUAUAUGCUACGUCAUAGCAAAGUUGAUAACUGGUCAGCCAAAGAAUACUUUUUCGAUCGGUUGAAUCUUGACGAGCAAGUCCGAGAGGCUAUUUGGCUAAUUGACAGACAUGACUCUAUUUACCAGAAAGCAGUGAUGUUGAAACUGAAUGAAAUACAGCGUGAACACGUUUACAUGGAACGAGCUACGCAAAUAAUUAUGAAUUACACUCGUCCUCGUAUCGAUUCUAGAUUUAUUCUUCAGACGUGGUUCGAAGCUCGGAAUUUGAUGAGCCAAGAUGAUUUUUUGACUAUAUUUCGAGAACUGUUAAGCUCAGGAGUAGAAGAUGUCCUUUUAACGGAGAUUUGGACCAGUGCUAACGAUGAUUUCAAACAACACGUAGUUGGUGUCAACGAUCAUGAAAUCGUUAGAAAAGUAUUAACAGAAUGGAAGUGGCGCGACGAUUUCAAUGAAUUCGUAUUUGUUUUGUUACACGAUUCGAGUUCGUUGAUCAAAAAAUCAAUCGCAACCAAAACAUUUUUCAACACCUAUUGCGAAAGAUUGAUAUCGAACAGUAAACCUAAAGUGCUUCUUCAAUUGCUGGAAUUUUGUUUGCCCGAUGCCAAUGAUUUAGCUCAGUUUAAAAUGAACUUCGUGAGUAAUUCAGAAUCUAAAUUUUUCAACACCCUCUGCGAAAAAUUAUUGACGUAUAGUCAAUUUCAAGAACUUACUCAGUUGCUGGAGUUUUUUCUUCCUGACGCCGAAGAUUCGCUGCAGUUUAAAAUGAACUUGGUGAAUAAUUCGAGCCAUACUAUUAUCAAAACACAUUGCAAAAGAUUAUUAACCAGCAGUAAACUUCAAGAGCUUGAUCAAUUACUGAAAUUUUGUUUGCCUGAUGCCGACCAUUUGGCGCAAUAUAAAAGGAACUUCGUGUACGGUUGGGAGUCUCAUUUUUUCGACGCCCACUGCGAAAAAUUAUUGACGUACAGUCAAUUUCAAGAACUUACUCAGUUGCUGGAGUUUUUUCUUCUUGAUGCCGAAGAGUCGCUGCAGUUUAAAAUGAACUUGGUGAAUAAUUCGAGCCAUACUAUUAUCAAAACGCAUUGCGAAAGAUUAUUAAUAAGCAGUAAAUUUCAAGAGCUUGAUCAAUUGCUGGGAUUUUGUUUGCCUGAUGCCGACCAUUUGGCGCAAUAUAAAAGGAACUUCGUGUACGGUUUGGAGUCAAAUUUUUUCGACGCCCACUGCGAAAAAUUAUUGGUGGACGGUAAAUUUCAAGAGUUCGACCAGCUGCUGAAAUUUUGUCUUCCCCACGUCGAGGAUUUUCAUCAGUUUAAAAUGAACUUCAUGUAUAAGUCAAACCAUAAACUUAUCAAUACGCAUUGCGAAAACUUAUUAAUGAACCGUAAAUUUCAAGAGCUUGAUCGACUACUGGAAUAUUGUUUGGCUGGCACCGAUAAUUUAGCCCAAUUUAAAGUAAAGCUAGUGCGGAAUUCGGAGCAAGUUAGAAAAACGUGCUUGAAGUUUUACUCUACUGGUGAUUUGAACGGUGUGAAUUAUUAUCUCAACCAGCUUUUAGUCUCGUAUCCUGAUGUUAUAGUCGAGUACAAAAAGAAUUUGAUAACAUCGUCGGACGGAUUCACAUUGUGUGUUAGUAUUAUGGAUGCUAGUGCUACAGUUGACGUCCUGAAUAUGGUCUUGGAAGACAGUUUGACGGAUUCGAUUUUAAUAACCGAGUAUAAAAAAAAUAUGAUUUUUUCACCCGAGGCUACUACUAAAUUGCUGGAGUUGUUGAAUAAUAAACGUUUAGACGCCGUUCAAAUCUGCAUUGAUCGUUAUCUCACUUCAGCCGAUGAUAAGAAAGCGUUGAAGAAACAAUUAAUCGGCGGCGAUAGCGGCGAUAUUACGAAGAUGAUGCAGACGGUAUUGCGUAAUAAUGAUGAAUCGUAUUUGCAAACCGUUUUAAUUUGGUGUUUCGGAAAUGAAAAUGCCAUUCAAGAGUUUAAACGCACGUUACCCCUGAAUGCGAUUUUCAUCAAGAUGUUGAAAGAUUGUGUGUUCAACGAAUACAACAAAUUUUUGACGCAAUGCGAUUUUAAAUGGUGCCAGGUCAGCGAUUUCAACGUUCUCGAUCGGUUUUUAAAUUGGUAUUUCCAGUCGCCGGAUCAAGUAAAAGAGUUCAAAAUGAAGGUUAUUCAUUCGUAUUCGAAAAUAGAUAUGUUCCAGACUUUUUUGAGAGGAAAUCGAGGCGAUAUGCAGUUGAGAGUAAUAUUAAAAUGGUUUUUCAAAAAUGACACCGCCGAAAUUGCUAAAUUUAAAAAGCUUGGUGGCAAAAUAACACAACUGGUAUGAUUUAAGAUUGUAGCUGUUUGGUUCGUUUUACACGUUGUUAUAGGUUAAUAAGUAUUCUUCGUUAUAAUAUUUUAAACAAAGUAAUUAAUAUCUAGGUAUUAUUUUUGCGUGUAUGUUGUCCUUGUUUUUUACUUUUUUAAAUUGUGAGUGAAUUGAUGUAUGUAGUAGCAAUAAUACGAAGUACCUAGAUAGAUAUAAAUUUCUUGUUCUGUGUGAGUGUCUUUUGUCAAAAAUUGACUUAAUGUAGGUAUUAUUUAUUCAUAUUAAAUACCGUCAUUGUCUUCUUAAAAAGUUGAAAUUUGUUUCGAUUCUUCGAAUGAAAUUAAAUUACCACGAAUACAGUUCUGUUAAAUUUAUUAUGAAUGAAAUAUUAUAUCGUUUUGUGACUGUG